UUUUUUUUAUAUGCGAAAUUCAAAAGAAACAUUGUGACUAGUAGCGGGACAAGAUUGAAAAGGGCAAUGAUAGUGGUUUGUUGAAGCGGGGUGGCCAAGUAAACCAAACAACCUCUGAUGCUUCUGUCUCUGUUCUCUCCACUGUCCCUUCCUCUGCUUUCCUCUGUUUCUUCUUUGAGUUGAAAACAAUAUUAGAAUUUUUUCUCUCUGUGUUAUUCAGCUGCCUAACUUGUAUUUUACUCUUCCCCUUUCACUGUAUUGUAUCAUCCAAGUUUCUGUGCGAUUCACCUAGCGAGUUUCCAAGAUGCUGUGUCGCUGAUCUUUCUGUCUCUGAUACGUAUGUUUUGGUCUCUUCAAAAUAUGGUUUUCUCUGUCGCUUUGGCUUAUCCCUUGGGCUUCUUUGAUUCUUACACUUCAGGAAGCUUUCCUUGUCUUUCCCUUGUUUUUACCUAAUUGGUUUUCUAGAGAGAAAAAUUUAAGAUACAAAUUCCAUUAUUUAUUUUUCUGGGAUACAAUAGUUUUGGGCAAUGUCCUUCCGUUUCAUAUUUUACUCUCCUAAUUUCAUUUGAUGGGUUGUUCUUGAUUUAUCGUGUUGUAAUUUAUAUUUAUUCUGUAGAGAAACAUUUUGUUACCAGAGGGAGAAAAAAAAUCCAUUUUUUUGUGUUCCAUAAGUUAGCCCUCAUCAUGAAAUUUCUCACUUUCCUGGUGGGUGUGUGAUAUCUUUUCUUUUACUUGAGGGUUUCUGUGCUCGUUGGUCACAAAAAAAAAAAUGAAGGAAAAGGUGGAUUCCCCAGUUACAGUUCUGGAAGACUAUUUCAGGAGCUCGGAUUCAGAAUCAAGUUCUUCCAAAGAGCCUGCAGUGGAUUCUGAAUCUCAAGACCUUUCAAAACAUGCUUCUAGGUGGCAUGCAUUUCUUCACUUGUUUAGAAAUGGGUCGAAGAAACAUACGAACACGUUGCACCCUCUCAGUGCCCUGAAGCUCUCCAAAAGAAUGAGCACUAGCAUGAGGGAGACCAUUCUCCCAAGUUGCUUCUUGGAUGCAAAUGCAUCCCCUUGCAGGUCACCGUGGAAGAUCUUUACUCAUCAUGAGAUUCAGGUUGCAACCAAUUCAUUUAGCCAAGAAAAUUUGAUUGGGAAAGGUGGCUAUGCUGAAGUUUACAAAGGGUGUUUGCCAAAUCGUCAAUUAGUGGCAAUUAAACGUUUAACAAGAGGAACAGCCGAUGAAAUCAUAGGGGAUUUUUUAUCAGAACUUGGUGUAAUGGCUCAUGUAAACCAUCCCAAUACUGCUAAGCUGGUUGGCUAUGGAGUGGAUGGUGGAAUGUAUCUGGUUCUUGAGUUGUCUGAAAAAGGAAGCCUAGCUUCAGUUCUUUAUGGUUCCAAGGAGAAACUACCAUGGUGUACAAGGCACAAAAUUGCAUUAGGAAUAGCUAAGGGUAUACUAUAUCUUCAUGAGGGUUGUCAAAGAAGAAUUAUCCACAGGGAUAUAAAAGCAGCCAAUAUCUUGCUCACGGAGGACUUUGAGCCUCAGAUUUGUGAUUUCGGACUAGCAAAAUGGCUGCCAGAAAAUUGGACUCAUCACACAGUUUCAAAAUUUGAAGGAACUUUCGGUUACCUUGCACCUGAAUACUUGCUGCAUGGCAUAGUGGACGAGAAAACAGACAUAUUUGCUUUUGGUGUGUUGCUAUUGGAAUUAGUGAGUGGGCGUCGUGCACUUGAUUAUUCACAGCAAAGUCUUGUGUUGUGGGCAAAACCAUUGCUGAAAAAAAAUGAUGUCAUGGAGCUGAUUGAUCCUUCACUAUUAGGUGACUUCGACUCCAGGCAAAUGAAUCUUAUGCUCUUAGCUGCUUCUUUGUGCAUACAACAGUCAUCGAUUCGUCGGCCCUCUACAAGACAGGUUGUACAGCUUCUUAACGGCAACCUUAGCUGCUUUAAGGGCAUGAAGAAAACCCGAAUGCCGUUUUUCAGAAGAGUCUUCCGAGAAGAACUUCAUGAUUCAGAAUAGUUGAACUGAACAUAGACUCACUAUCAUCAAGGGUGAAGCUGGUCACUAUCAUCAUCCCUUCUUUCUGAUGGAGUUUCUGCAUAUAAAAAUUGCCUCAUCAAACUCAAAAUUUUGCACUUUGCCUAGUUCUAAAAAACAGCAUGUUUCUAUACCCUUCAACCUCUGUACAUAAUAGAUUCUUUAUAGAAAAUGGUAUUAGCCAUAGUUACAUGAAAGAAAGAAAUAUUGUAUUACCUGUGAGCCUUAACUCAUUGAAUCUAAUUUCUCGUUCCCUUUCAAAUAGGAUCUACCUAAAUUAUUUAUUGAAUAGAAACAAAUACCUUUUCUCUCCCUUCCUUUUCAUCAUAAUUCUUACAAAUAGGUGGAAAAAGGUCAUUAGGUGGAAAGCACAAAAAGAAAGCCACUAGAGACUUUCGUAUGUAAACAAAAUCUGUUUUAAGAUUUGGGUCUCUUGGAAGCAUUUGAUCGAAAAAUUUGAUUUGUGUUGCAGAUAA